AUGUUGAUGAUAUUGUGGGACAUGUGUGGCAAGGAUGAGACCUGUCUACUGGAGCAGGAUCAGAAACCUGGAAGGCGGAUGUGCAGUCCGCUACAUUUGGCAGCCGCAGCUGGCCAUUUGAGAUGCGUUGAAUUUCUGUGCCAAAGUCCGCUGCUACGUACAACUCCGGAUGCCGUAGGGGAUCUACCCAUAAUUCAUGCGCUCGAGAAUGGGCAUAUGGCAGUUGUCGAUUACUUGGUGGAGAAAUUCCCUUCAGAAGUGCCGCCCACCUUGAUAAAAUCAGCGAUCAACUGUAAACGCAAUAAAUUAGCUGAACGUCUCUGUCAGUGCAUGGUGGACCGUAAGGAGGUCAUCGCAGAAUGCAGGCCUCUCACUUUCGCCGUGGAGUUCGGCAAUUUUCACAUGGCCGAAUACAUUUUGAAGCAGUAUUACGCAAAAAAUAAGAUAUCUGAAGAGCCAUGGUGCAAUGACGUCUCAGAUGCGCUGCGAGCCCUUCUUUGUAGCAAUGCUCUGCCUGCCGAUAAAAAGGCAAGAUUUGUGAUGGCGUUUCAAGUGGCUGGUUUCAAGGUUUCUAUGGUAAAUGUGGUUAGAAUGGUUAGCGACAAGUCAUUGGCGGCCUCAAUUUGCAACUCUCUUCGGCAUCCUGCCAACCAACCCUCGGCAAAAAUCGUCUCUGAGAACUCACUGGGAGUCAGGAGGCCAAACUAUUGGAUGAUGUCUUUCGCGCUUCUCAUGAACUUUGCAUUUGAUUUAUUCACAGAUUAG